CCAUUUGGGGUAGUUUGCCCAAAAGGUUUGGGAACCCCUGUUCCAAAGAAAAGUGCAAUGCGCAAAUAAAACACUUCCGUGAGAGUACAAUUAGAGAUGAGUAAUUCGUGAGUAAACACACUGGGGUCAGGAUGGUAAUAAUAGUGGGACGAGGAGGAUUCACUCGGUGGAGAGGCACACCCUCUGAUGAGGAUUGCGUGAAUGUGGUGACGUAAGACGGGCAGGGCAGGCGCGCUCUCGCGGAGCCGCUGGCCCGGAUCUCAGGGCUGGACAGGAAGCGGAGGCUCGUGCACGCGCAUAGGUCCAGCAGCAGCAGCAGCAGCAGCCGUAACAGCAGCUUCCAUCGGAAGCUAGGGAACGGAAACGGGAGCCUAAAUGCAAGUCCGAGCUCAAGCAGCCUCUCGAGUCUAUCGGUUGUGAAGACACUAACGGCGUUUAACGGCAGACUGAUUCAGUCCUGCUGAGUCUGAGCAACACGUCGGCUUUUUCCUCCAAAUCCAUUGUGGAUCUGCUCAUUUCCCAUUCACGAGCCUUCAACCGUCAUCCUGGAUUCAUAACGGGUGACUGAGGGCUUAUUUUCAUUUCUGAAGCCUCUGUGAACUUGGAUCAAGCAGAACUCAACCAAAGAUGGAGCAGUUCUCAGAUGAAGAGCUGGACCAUGCUGCUGAGGAAGACAGUGAUAAGGAAGACCAGGACCUGGACCAAAUGUUUGGAGCAUGGCUCGGGGAGCUGGACAAGCUAACCAAGAGUUUGGAUGAUGGAAAGUCAGAGAGAGGGGUGCAGAAAGCUCCUCUCAGACAGGAGACUAACAUGGCAAACUUCUCGUACCGCUUCUCCAUAUACAACAUCAACGAGGCUCUAAACCAGGGGGACUCUGUGGAUCUGGACGCUCUAAUGGCCGACCUGUGCUCUAUUGAGCAGGAGCUGAGCACCGUCGGCAAGCCGAGCAGUAGCUCUGCACGCCUCGGCCCGGCUGGAGACGCCAGAGUGCGUCAGAAACCUCCAGCUGGCCGUAGCCACAGUGUGAAGCACACGGGAGGAAGUGGAGGCAGCAGUGGAGGUAGUGGAGGCAGCAGCAGUAGCAGCAGCACUCGUGUGUCACCUGCAUCCACCAUCAGGCCUGCACUCGCUUCCAACUUCUCCCUGGACGACAUCACGGCCCAGCUAGAGCGUGCCUCGCAGAGCAUGGACGAGGCAGCACGCCUCAGCACAGCAUCCCUCGCCUCAACUUCGUCAGCGCCGUAUUCUUCCUCUACCAUGAGGAGGCCUGCCCAUCAGCAUCACCGGCGCACAGGCUCGGUAGGCACCGUCAUCGAGCAUGAGGUGAGAUCCAUUGUGCACUCGUCUCGCUCCAGCAUCAACUCUGCCUCAGCGUCCAGUGUUGACUCACUGGAAAUGGACAAGUCGAGGCAGUUGGAACAGGACAGUCUACAGGAACAUAGCCAGCAGAGCUCAGAGCACUCAUAUCUGGACAGGGAGACUUCUCUGAUUCUGAAAAACAUUGCAGGAAAGCCCUCUCACUUGCUGACAAAGGAGGAACAGGCUGCCAAACUUAAAGCAGAGAAGAUCCGAGUUGCCCUGGAGAAGAUUAAAGAGGCGCAGGUUAAAAAGCUGGUGAUCCGGGUGCAUCUUUCUGAUGAGAGCUCCAAAACCAUGAUGGUGGAUGAGAGGCAGACGGUGCGUCAGGUGCUGGACAGCCUGCUGGACAAAUCGCACUGUGGUUACAGUCUCGACUGGUGUCUGGUGGAGAUCAUCAGUGAACUGCAAAUGGAGCGAAUCUUUGAGGACCAUGAGAACUUGGUGGAGAAUCUGCUUAACUGGACCCGAGACAGCACCAACAGACUUAUGUUCAUUGAACGGAUCGAGAAGUACGCUCUCUUCAAGAACCCACAGAACUAUUUGCUGGGCCGAAAGGAGACCUGUGAGAUGACUGACAGGAAUAAAGAAGCUCUGCUGGAGGAGUGUUUUUGUGGAAGCUCAGUCAGCGUGCCUGAGAUGGAGGGAGUGCUCUGGCUCAAAGAGGACGGUAAAAAGUCCUGGAAGAAGCGCUAUUUCCUUUUACGGGCCUCCGGACUAUACUACGUUCCAAAGGGCAAAGCCAAGACUUCUAGAGACCUGGCAUGCUUCCUACAGCUGGAUCAUGUGAACGUGUAUCUGGGGCGAGAGUACCGUAGCAAGUACAAGGCUCCCACUGACUACUGCAUGGGCCUCAAGCACCCUCAGAUUCAGAAGAAGUCUCAGUACAUCAAGUACCUUUGCUGUGAAGAUGCCAGAACUCUACAUCAGUGGGUCAAUGGAAUACGUAUUGCCAAGUAUGGGAAGCAGCUGUAUGUGAACUACCAGGAGGCUAUGAAGCGCACUGAAGCAGCACAUGACUGGUCUUCUCUCUCCAGCUCCAGUAUGAAGUCUGGUUCCAGCUCAUCCAGUCUGCCAGAAUCCCAGUCCAACUAUUCAGACAGUGGCGUGUCAGAGACUACUUCCUCUGGACAUGUUCGCUCUCAGAGUGUGGUCAGCUCCAUCUUCUCUGAGGCCUGGAAGCGAGGCAACCAGGCAGAGGAAUCCAAGAUGAGAAUGGAUCUACCUCCACCUGCACAGCCGACUAGAGCUUCUUACCCUCUCCAACUUCCCCAUCUGCCCCAGAUGCCUCAAUCUGUCCUACCCCAUGGAAGCUAUCCAAGCAUGUCACCCCAGUCUUCUCCUUCUCCACCAUCACCCCCUCCUCCUCCACCACCUCCUCCUCCUCUGCCCAACCCUACCUGCCACUCCACACCCACCAAGUUCACUAAGUACAGCACCAUUGCGAGGCUUCACAACAUCUCCCAGGCCCCUAAUCACUUCAUACAGACCCCUCUAUUGGCAGCAAUGCAACAACAGCAGCAGCAACAGUCAGUGCCUCCGCCCCCUCCCCCUCAGUCUGUGAAACCAGUACUGAACAAUAUAGCAGCAGGUUCCAGCAUCCCACCUCCAGCCCCACCACCACCUCCACUGUCGAUGCCCGUGCCAGGGUCGGCCAUGGCAGUGCUCAAAUUAGGUCCCCCAAGCCCUCAGCCAGAGUUUAUCCCUCCUCCACCUCCUGAGGAAGAGCACUUACCUCCUCCUCCUUUGGAUCACAUGCAAAGUAAUGGUGUCUUGCCUCCCCCGCCACCCCCAGAGCAAUUUAAGUGCCCUCUAACCCUCAGCACCAAUGGCCUCCAAGAGUUCCUGGCUCAGAAAUUUCCCCAUAUGAAUUAUGACUUUUCUCCUCUCAGCCAAGGUGAGGAGCCUCCUCCACCUCCACCUCCAGUGUGUUUCUCUCCCCCACCUCCUCCUCUUGCCCCACCUAAAACAUUCACUGGAGGAUUUCCUCCCCAGACAGCACCCAAACCAUCUGGACAUGGCAUGUCUCCUGUCUCCCCUGUAGGUCCACCUCUGUCCCCAACACCAUCCACUUCUAUGAAGAAGCAGCAGAGCUUCUCUGGUAGCCAGAGCCCCAACCAGCCUCCACCCACCUUGCCCAAACAGCACAGCUUCCCCUCAAAAGCACCAACUUUAUCUACCGCCAUCUCACCAACAUCAUCUCUGGUUAAACAGAUUGCAAACCAGUUUCCUGGAACUCUAGAUGGUCCUAAAAGCCCCAUGUCUCCUCCAGUGGUAAAAACCAAGCCCAAAUGGCAGCCAGGAGGGCAGGUGCAGCCCCAGUCUCCUGAGUUCCCCCCACCCCCACCUGAAAGUAGCCUAGACUUUCCUCCACCCCCACCUCUACCUCCAGAUCCAAGUCCCCCUUCUUCCAAGAUGGGGUCACCCAUGAAGAAAUCCCCUUCCACCUCCUCUAACCUUUCAACCAGUUCAUCAGUUAAGAGACCUCCUCCAACUCCACAGCGAAACUCCAGUAUAAAGUCCAACUCCUCUGUUGAGUUCCAGGAGUCAAAAAAAGUGGAAGACCUGGUGAGCAUGUUUGCUCAGCCCAGCCAGCCUUCCCCCAGCUCAUUCUCCACUCCAUCUUCUACAACUGGCUCACCAUCCAAGGACACCUCGAUCAGUUUCCGAGCAUCAAUGAAACCAGGCAAGAUCAACUUGGCAAACCUACCACUGCCUCUACAGGGGAAACCCAGUCAGUCCCGCCAGCCCAACUCAGACUUUCCCUCUCCUCCUCUUGAUUGUGACUUCCCCCCUCCACCUCCAGACUCUGAGCUCCUGCCUCCUCCACCACCUGUGGAGUUGCAUACCGGAGCUCCCAAAGUGGCUGUAGUAAACCCCCAGCCACAGCUUUUCUCCAACACUUCAGCAAGGAAGCACAGCUCCUUGAGAAAAACACCUCCUCCGACUAUGCACCGCCGCAGCAGCGGUACCCCCGAGCCCUUGGCCCUUUCGCCCCCACCACAACAGAUCCCUCUUACCCCAUUUACCUCUCAGAUGCCCCCCACGUCCCCCAAAGGCAACCUCUCAAUCCAACCCAACUUUCUUGAGGACCUUAACAGGACUUUAAAGAGAAAGUCCAUGUCUAGACACAGCUCCUUGACUUCAUCCCGCAUCUCGGCCAAGAUGGACCCUGUGGCCACUAUGGACGACAUGGCACUACCACCGCCUCCCCCAGAGCUGCUGCUGGGCCAGCAGAAAAAGGGAGGCUACAUGGGUGCCAAUAUCUCAGGCUAUGCAACGCUACGGCGGGGUCCACCGCCAGAGCCACCCAAACGGGACCAAAACACCAAACUGACCAGAGAGUGGUAGAUGAAGCAUACACUAGAAGCUGUGUGCUGAUUGUCUGCUUUUCUCCAAUACAAACUAUAGACUCUCACAGGCCAUAAUAUGAAAAUGACUGACUAUGUUAAGAUUACUAUUCCUCAUUUUAACCCAAGUUAUUACCACACUAUGAAAAAGCAAGCCAAAUCACCUACAGUAUAAGCUUCUCUGCGUGUUUGUGCCGCUUUGCAAUUACGUGUAUGCAGUUAGACAAAAUAGUGAGAAAAAGAAACUCUGCCAUUAUUAUAAAUAGGUACUGCAUGGACUCCUGUGUGAGGAAAGGGGAAUAAUACAUGUAUAUGAAAAGAUGUAUUUGGAAUUUUGGGGUGGGGAGGGAGCUUUUACCUUUUUUAUAUGAAAUUAUUUAAUACCUGAAAUAUAUUCUUAUUUUAAAGUUUAGUUUUUAAACCCUUGACUGUAUGCGUUAAACGUGAAUAGAAAUCAGGAUUAAUGAAGAGAUAUGUAUAUGUGUGUUUUGUCUGAGUGGUUUGGUUGAUCCACUCUCAGAAAAAAAAAAAAAGCAAAGGUUUGGUAGUGUUGCCUCUGUUAAAUGUGCAAAUCUAAAAAUUUUCAUUAAUCCCAUAAAAGGUUGCAAACCUACUACUAUACUUGCAGUUUUCAUUUCACUGCAAGUUAUAUACUGUAUAUAAUUGUGUAUGUGACAAAUAAAAUCUUGACUCUAUACAACUGGAUAUAAAUCCAGUUUCUCAUUUCUCAUUUCUGAAGAAACUUGUUCUGCUGUUUAAAAUAGGACCUUUAUUUUACAGAGACUUUCAGACAUUUAGAUGCAAAUGAACCCACUACUUUCGUGAAGCGCUCGUUAGCCUGGCUGUGUUUGGAGUUGGAUGUGUUCUGUCUCUGUUUAUGUUGGUUACAUUGAUGCCUAUCUGUACAUACUGCAGCUCUUCCUGACUUUAACAUCUGCUGUUAGAUUUGUGGCUAUCAGGAAGAAAUUGUCUCUCACUACACUACAUAUCACGUUUUACUGAUUUCGUUUAUUAUUUGAGUUGAGCGGAAAAUUUGGAACAGAGUAAGAAUUUUUUGUGCCUAAAUCUGAUCUCAUGAUGUUAUAAUGUUACAACAGCAAUUCAUUGGCGUAAUCGAUAUCCUUUUUUGUGUUUGGCUGCCUAAAUGAAGAGGAAAAUGGCUAAACUAUUGAAGCCAUGAGUGCACAUUGCUAAUGAAGGUUGUUAAAGUCAGGAGUGCUCAAGAUAAAAUACAUGGGGAAUUAAAUGUUACAUUUAAACUGAACAAUAUAAAUAUGUAAAUCAUGCAGUAAGGUGUGCCAGUGCUGUUUUCUUCAACGUGUCUGUUCUUUUGGUACUUGUGAUAAUCCACAUUUUAAGUGGUUAACAACACCAUAUAUCUGUGGCAAUUUUAUAUUUUCAUUUGCUAAAAUAACAGUUUUUUAGUAAGUCUGACUC